UGAGUUGUAUGUUAACCAUCUCAUCUACCAAACGUUGAUAAGAUUAAGUCAAAUUCACAUUUUCUGCAUAUAAUAACCAAAACGUAAUUCAAACUGACAUUUCAAUUUGAAGCGAUCGAUGGUGUUUUACCAAAUUGUCCCUCCAACAUUGAGAAUUAGUUAUUUUAUUCAGAAAAUUUUCAGUUUCAAUUCAAUUGAAUCGAAGAGCUCAUUUUACCCAGAAUUAAGAAACAAAUCAUGGAAGGUUUAGAUAUAAAGGAAAUAUCCGGUGAUCUUAUCAAGACAACGCUUCAACAAGUCGUCGAACAACGAUUGGGAUCAAAAGAUGUGAAAAUUUGGAUCGAAGCUGGCUCCAAGAAAGGUGACCAUUUCAUCGGAGAAAUCUACCGAAUCAUUUACCAACUUGGAAAUGAUACCAACCAAUCGUCUCUGAUUCUGAAAAUUGCCGCACAAAGUGUGAUGCGUCGUGAGAAAUUCAGAUUGGCUUCAUUUUUUGUGCGCGAAAUAAGAGUGUACAACGAGACACUGCCGAUAUUUUACGAGUUCCAGUUAUCAAAAGGCAUCACACCUCAAGUGGAUGGUUUCAAUGAAUAUGCGCAAUGUUAUUCCAUUAUCCAAAAAGAGCUAUCGGAAAGUUUGUUCCUAGAGGAUCUGCGAGUGAAUCAAUUCGAAAUGCUGGAUCAUCGUAAGGAAGACUUAACUUUUGAACAUGUAGCACUCGUAAUGAAAGCGUUGAGUAAAUUGCAUGCAAUCUCAUUUGCAUUGAGGGAUCAACAACCAGAAACAUUUGCAAAAGUAACAAGCAAUUUGGAUGAGCUUUACUAUAGAACAGACAACGUAGAUUUCACAAUAUUUCUGACGGCAAUGGGAAAUCGUGCAAUCAACGCUUUGAAUGAACGGAACUUGAUGGAAUUGAAGAACAAAUUUGCUCGUGCUAUUGAAAAGGGAUUUGAUAAGACCGGUGCAGAAUGCGUCACUGGAAAAUUAGCCGAACCAUACACUGUAUUGUGUCACGGUGAUGUUUGGAUCAAUAACAGUAUGUUCAAAAAAGAUGCUCAAGGCAAACCGAUCGCAGUAAAACUAUUCGACUGGCAGUUCUCGCGAUAUGCCUCGCCCGUUACUGACAUCAUUCUAUUCCUUCUAUCUUGCACACGGAAGAGUCUGCGUGACCAACAUUAUGACGAAUUGAUAAAAAUUUAUUACGAAAGCCUCUCAAACUUUCUUCAAAGAUUGGGCUCGGAUCCGAAUAAGCUUUUCCCAUACGAGGCAUUAUUGGAUCAGCUGAAGCAAUUUGGCAAGUACGGUACACUCACGGGGAUCAUUUUGAUCGCUAUCUUUUCAGCUGAUCCUGAUUCGAUUCCAGAUUUAAGCGAAUUUUCGGAAAGAGUUGAUGAAAAUGAAGGUGAAAUGAAUGAUUUGAUCAAAGUACCAGAAGAGAACCUAGAAGAUUUUACCACCAGGAUUUGCGACUUAAUCGAAGAUUCAGCACGAUUUGGCUACCUGUGAUUGAGAUACACGAUAGCUUCUAAAUUGAGAGAAGAAGAAUUUAGCAGGAAAAAUUGUUUAUGAUUUCUAGUGUUUCAAUAAAGUCUUCCUGAUAAUUGAAUUUUUGGUGGCAUUGAAUUGCCGAACUGACUUAUAUUCGUCAUAAUGA